UCUAUUUCUAUCUUCAGUUGUCAAUGUCACCUUCCCACUGCCUCUCUCUCCCACCCUUCAUUUUGCUUCCAUUGUCAAUGGAUGGUCUUCCUCAUUCCCAUGCCACCCCAACUAUCUCUUCGCACAUUGGUUCUUCACCCCCUUAUGUCCCCCUUCUCCAUCUUCCUUUCUUCUCCACUCUUUCAUGACCAACCAUCACUACAAAGACCCCAUUUUCAUCUCCUUGGUACCUACUUUUCUCAUGCCACCAACAUCUUCUUUUUCUGCGUAUUCCAUUCAAAGUUAUUACAUGGUUUCCAAGUUAAUGGUAUCUAUCAUAACACCUUUACUACUUCUUCUGUCCUUGUUUGUUGUUCAAGUCUCAUCUUGUUACCAGAUUGAUAAACUCUCUCUCUUGGCUUUCUCUGAGAACAUAUCCACUUCUUCUCCUUACCCUUCUCUCAAUUGGUCUGCUUCUGUUGAUUGUUGCACUUGGGAAGGCAUUACUUGUGAUGGAGAUCUCAGAGUCACACAUCUUUUGCUACCAUCUAGAGGCCUCACUGGCUUCGUCUCUCCCUCUAUCACAAACCUCUCUUCUCUCUCUCACCUUAAUCUCUCCCGUAACAGGUUAUCUGGAUACCUCCAAGAUCAGUUUUUCUCAUUGCUUAAUCACUUGUUGGUUCUUGAUUUGAGCUAUAAUCAUCUCUCUGGUGAAUUGCCACCCUUUGUUGCUGAUAACAGUAGCAAAAGGAAAAAUAGUAGUGGUGGUGGUGUUGUUAUCCAGGAGGUGGAUUUGUCUAGUAAUUUUUUCAAUGGAACACUUCCAAAUUCUCUACUUGAGCACUUGGCAGCUGCAGCAGAAGGAGGGAGUUUGGUAUCUUUCAAUGUUAGUAAUAACAGCUUCACAGGUCAUAUUCCUACUUCACUCUUUUGCAUUAACGACCAUAAUUCAUCCUCUCUCAGAUUUUUGGACUAUUCCUCCAAUGAUUUUGAUGGUACCAUUCAGCAUGGACUAGGAGCAUGUUCUAAGCUGGAGAAAUUUAGAGCAGGUUUCAAUUUCCUAUCUGGGCCUAUCCCAAGUGAUAUUUUUUAUGCUGUUUCUCUCACAGAAAUCUCAUUACCCCUCAAUAAACUCACUGGAAAAAUUGGUGAUGGCAUUGUUGGCCUUACCAACCUCACAGUUUUGGAGCUCUACUCCAAUCAUUUCAUAGGUUCCAUUCCUCAUGCUAUUGGUAAACUCUCCAAGUUGGAAAGGCUACUCCUUCAUGUCAACAAUUUGACAGGUACUCUUCCACCAUCUCUGAUGAACUGUGACAAUCUUGUGGUGUUGAAUUUAAGGGUCAACCACUUGGAGGGAAAUCUCUCAGCAUUCAAUUUCUCAGGAUUCCUUACACUCACUACACUUGACCUUGGCAACAAUUAUUUUACUGGUGUUUUACCACCUACCCUUUAUGCAUGCAAGUCACUUUCAGCAGUAAGGCUAGCAUCUAAUCAGCUUGAGGGACAGAUUUCACCUGAGAUACUUGGACUUGAGUCCCUUUCAUUCCUAUCAAUCUCUACUAACAAGCUGAGGAAUGUCACUGGGGCUCUGAGAAUACUCACAGGGCUCAAGAACCUUAGUACCCUUAUGCUUUCCAAGAAUUUUUUCAAUGAAAUGAUACCAAAAGAUGUGGACACAAUAGACCCAGAUGGAUUCCAAAAACUUCAGGUUCUAGGCUUGGGUGGUUGUAAUUUUACAGGUCAAAUACCAGGCUGGCUUGUAAAGCUCAAGAAGCUUGAGGUCUUGGACCUGUCCUUUAAUCAAAUUAGUGGUUCAAUCCCUCCUUGGUUGGGUACACUUCCUCAGCUUUUCUACAUGGACUUGUCUGUUAACCUCCUCACAGGGACAUUUCCCAAGAAGCUCACAAGACUCCCAGCACUGACAUCACAACAGACAAAUGAUAAAGUAGAAAGGACUUACUUGGAGUUACCUGUCUUUGCUAAUGCAAACAAUGUUUCCUUACUGCAAUAUAAUCAGCUUUCUAGCCUACCUCCAGCGAUAUAUCUAGGAAACAAUCACCUUAGUGGAAGUAUCCCAAUUGAGAUUGGCCAACUGAAAGUCCUUCAUCAGCUGGACCUGAAAAAUAACAACUUCUUUGGCAAUAUACCAGUUCAGAUUUCAAACUUGACUAAUUUAGAGAAACUAGACCUCUCAGGGAACCAACUAUCUGGUGAAAUUCCUUAUUCACUCAAAAGUUUGCAUUUCUUGUCCUUUUUCAGUGUAGCAUUCAAUAAUCUUCAGGGACAGAUACCAACUGGUGGUCAAUUUGAUACUUUUUCCUACUCCAGCUUUGAAGGAAAUCCACAGUUGUGUGGUCCAGUUAUUCAGCGCUCUUGUCCUUCUCAACAAAAUACUAUUACUGUUAAUGGUACUGCAGCUAGUCGCGGCUCGAACAAAAAAGUUAUGAUUGGACUUGUCAUUGUAAUCAGUUUUGGUAUUGCUUCCUUGAUAGCAGUUUUGACACUCUGGAUACUCUCCAAGAGGAGGGUCAAUCCAGGAGGAGAACCUGACAAGAUUGAAAUGGAAUCAAUUUCUGCCUACUCCAACAAUGGAGUUCAUCCUGAGGUUGACAAGGAGGCUAGCCUAGUGGUAUUGUUCCCUAACAAAAAUAAUGAAACCAAGGACCUUACCAUAUUUGAAAUCCUAAAAGCUACUGAAAAUUUCAGUCAGGCAAAGAUAAUAGGAUGUGGGGGUUUUGGUUUGGUUUAUAAAGCAACAUUACCAAAUGGAACCACCCUAGCCAUCAAGAAACUUUCAGGAGACUUGGGCCCUAUGGAAAGGGAAUUCAAAGCAGAGGUAGAGGCCUUGUCAACUGCACAACAUGAGAAUCUGGUGGCAUUGCAAGGAUACUGUGUGCAUGAUGGCUUUCGGCUUCUCAUAUAUACUUACAUGGAAAAUGGAAGCCUGGAUUACUGGUUGCAUGAAAAGCCUGACGGUGCAUCUCAACUUGAUUGGCCAACUCGCUUGAAGAUUGCACAAGGUGCAAGCUGUGGUUUGGCUUAUUUGCAUCAGAUAUGUGAACCACACAUUGUGCAUCGUGAUAUAAAGUCAAGCAAUAUACUCCUUGAUGAAAAGUUUGAGGCACAUGUUGCUGAUUUUGGGUUGUCCAGGUUGAUCCUUCCAUAUCAUACUCAUGUUACAACUGAACUUGUAGGUACAUUAGGUUACAUUCCCCCUGAGUAUGGACAAGCAUGGGUGGCUACUCUGAGAGGAGAUGUGUACAGCUUUGGAGUUGUCAUGCUUGAGCUACUCACUGGGAGGAGGCCUGUGGAUGUAUGCAAGCCAAAAAUGUCAAGGGAGUUGGUUGGAUGGGUUCAGCAGAUGAAGAGUGAAGGAAAACAAGACCAAGUCUUUGACCCUCUUCUGAGAGGGAAAGGCUUUGAAGGAGAGAUGCUGAAGGUACUUGAUGUGGCUUGCAUGUGUGUCAGCCAUAAUCCUUUCAAAAGACCAAGCAUCAGAGAAGUUGUUGAAUGGCUGAACAAUGUAGGAUCAGACAGCCAACAGAAAUAAAGACCAGAGGGAAAUGUUUGUCCCUCAACAAAUCUUGACAGUAGAUAUGUAUACUUGUGCAAAAGAAAAUUUUGCUUUUCUAUAAAUACAGAUUAUUAUCAUUUUUACCACUGUAAAUGUUGACUCCCCCUCCCAGAACGUUAUUGCUAGAAAGAUUUUGUGAAUUGUAUCAUGUAAUCAUCCAUUUUCAAUUGAAGAACUUUCUAUUCUUAUGAAUUAGUUUCG